UGCGCCGCUCCACGCCGGGGACGUAAACAGAGGAUUAAACGCGUGGAAAAGUGAGCCCCCGCGCCCGACACCGCCGCUCCUGCUCUCCGCCCUGGGGCCAAACUAACCGCAUGUUUCAUCUCCGGCAUAACUUCCACCGUUUUGUUUCCUUCUGUUGCUUUUGGUCGAUGUUUGCCCGGAUCGGAGCGGCUUGGAGCGGCUGUAGCAGAAGGUCAUUCCCGCCGGCCGCGUCUUCACACCGGUCUGAUCAUCGCACGUUUAAUCGAUCUUUUUGACCUUGUUCGUCUGCAUUGCCUCUUGUGAUGUCUUCGCGUUUCUAAGAAUGGGGAACUUUACUUCUACGUCUACAUCCGCGUCCACCACGGCGUGCGUGAAGUACGUCCAGGAGGUGGUGUCUCAGAACUGCGUGGUGAUCUUCUCGAAGACCACGUGUCCUUACUGUAAAAUGGCCAAAAACGUCUUCAACGAGAUCGGAGCGCGCUACAAAGUCAUCGAGCUGGACGAGCACGACGACGGGAGGAGACUGCAGGAGGCUCUGGCCCAGAUGACCGGAGCUCGAACUGUCCCCAGAGUGUUCAUCAACGGGAACUGUAUCGGGGGCGGCUCUGACACGAAGCAGCUCCAUCAGCAGGGCAAACUCCUGCCUAUGAUCGAGCAGUGUGCCCCCUGCUGUUCCUCCGAGGGCUCGGGCAGUGGGCAGCCUGAACCGGUCCAAUGACUAACCGUUCUGCUGCUCGUUUUAAACCCAUUUUUAAUAACAUCUGUUCUCCAGGUUAUUUUACUGUUGUUUUAUUAUUUAAGGACACUUUUGCCUUUUGUUCUGCCAAGCACUGCCGUUUCUUGAUACAAAUACAGUUAUUAAAUAUGAAUAAGAAUAUGUGAAGACUGUUUUGAUGCAGGUUAAAAAGGAUCUAAUGCCUUUUUAUCAACACAGUCAGUCAGUUUUACAUGUGGUCAGUAGGUCAAGGUUCAUAUCUUUGGCUACGUUCAGACUGCAGCCUGAAGUGACCCAAAUCCGAUUUUUUUUUAGCCCCUUUGUGACCUGCAUCUGAUCUUUUAAUGACAGUCUGAACGACACAGAUCCGAUUUUUUCAAAUGCGACCCAGGAUUUGUGCUCCUGAAACUGAUACAUAUCUGAUCUUUUGACAUGCGACUUCAGUCUGAACGGCCAAAGCGCAUUCAUCCGACCUAAACGUUCUCAACAAGCAACAAAUGUACACAAAUGUUCUUCUCGUCAUACGAAAAUUGUUAAUGAACUCCGUGUCACUGAAGUGAAGCACAUCACCACUCACCACUCUUGGCUGCGUCUCCACAUCCACACGUUCCUUUCAACAGACGUCGCUGCCGCUGUCCCACAAAACACCACGACCAAAAACCUCGUCCUUCUCAAUCUCCUCCUUAAAACAAGUAAGUUGUUAAUGUUCUGGCUCUGGUACGAGAGGAACUUAAAAAUCUCCAGGUGCUCGAUGCUGCGUCCAUGUUUGGACAACUUCCAUAAACACAGAGCACGCUCGCUGCGGUUGACGUCGUCGUGUCUCCAGUGCACAUGUGGGACACUUUUGGCCCGUUUAAUGUUCACACUGGAGACACAUACAAGUCACAUUUAAUUGGAAAUGUGAACGACCUCGCAAAAACAUCAGAUUUCACAAAAAAAAUUGAGCGUUAAGCCCUGCAGUCUGAACGUAGCCUUUGUUUUUGGAGUUAUUGACAAAAGUUUAUAAAAAGUGUUAUAAUUAAAUAAAUACAUAUGGUGAUAUCAUAUAUGUUAUAAUUUGCAUGUUGAACACAGAUGGCUGGACUGUGAACGUUUGAAUGCUGCAAACCUUAAAAGCAUGAAAGAAUGUCUCUUUUCGCGUACACAUUUCAACUCAAAGCCUCAUCUGAAGUUCUAUGAAUGUUUGUUUGCAUGUUGGUUCAAAUAUUAAUUUAUUGCUAAUAAAUAAAUUCAUUAUUCA